AUGACGACUGCGCUGGACCAACAAGCACCGGCGCCGGCGCUGGAAUCGUUCCACUCCGUCGAAACGAACGCCGCUUCCAUUACACCUCCAAACAGCGCCGACGGCAAGAAAAAUGUGUCUGAAGGAGUUCCCUCGGAAUUGUCCGACCUCGAUCUUGAUCACAAUGCGGCCGCAUCGGUGGAAGUUGUUGAAGAGGAUAUUGAGCCCGAUCAUUAUUACGAAGGAGGAAGGAUACCCGUGUUCAAACCGACUAUGGACCAAUUCCGCGACUUUCAAGCUUUCAUUCAAAAGAUUGACAAAUAUGGCAUGAAGUCCGGCAUCGUCAAAGUGAUCCCACCGCAAGAAUGGAGGGACGCUCUUCCGCCGCUCGAUGAAGCGGUCAAAAGCAUUCGAGUCAAGAACCCAAUUAUGCAGGAAUUCCACGGCGCUCACGGUACCUACACUCAGGCCAAUAUCGAAAAACAGCGAUCGUAUAACCUUCCCCAAUGGAAGGCUUUGUGCGACGACGGAAGCCAUCAACCCCCUGCGAGGCGAGGCGAGCGCCGACGUACUCAAGAGAAAGCCGCCCGUGCUCCUGUUGUCAAGACUCAGACUACGACUGCCCGUUCCGGUUCGCAGAAACGUGGUCCAGGUCGUCCGCCGAAACGAACCAGAGAAGUCAAAAUCAAAGACGAGUCUCCCGCUGAUGAUCGGUCCGAGAAAUCACGACUGGAGGGACCCCCAACACCAGUUUCUCCCGAAUCGAACCCAGUCGAAACAAAGACGGAAGAUCUCAGUGACGGAGAGGCGUUACCCGCCGCAAAACGCAGAGGCCGACAGCCAAAGUCCGUUUCUGCGCGAAGGAAGCACAAUCGAGGCGAAACGCUCGACCAGGUGGAUGAAGAAGCGUUCAAAGACUUUGACUACCGCAUACACGAUAACGACGAAUAUACCGCCGAAAGAUGCGACGAGCUGGAGACUGCAUACUGGAAAUCGCUCAUGUUCAACAACCCCAUGUACGGUGCGGAUAUGCCUGGCUCGCUGUUUGACGACUCAACCACUUCGUGGAACGUAGCAAAGCUUCCCAAUUUGCUCGAUGUGAUAGGACAAAAAGUCCCUGGUGUUAACACUGCCUACCUAUAUCUCGGCAUGUGGAAAGCAACGUUUGCUUGGCAUUUGGAAGACGUGGAUUUAUAUAGUAUCAACUAUAUUCAUUUUGGCGCUCCGAAACAAUGGUACAGCAUCUCUCAGGAAGAUGCACCCCGCUUUGAAGCAGCCAUGAAGAGCUUCUGGCCAAGUGACGCGAAGAAUUGCGAUCAGUUCCUUCGUCACAAGACAUACUUGGUCUCUCCCAGCAUUUUGAAGUCGCGGUUCGGCAUCACAGUGAACAAGGUCGUUCAUUAUGAAGGCGAGUUCAUGAUCACGUAUCCGUAUGGCUACCACUCUGGUUUCAACUUGGGUUACAACUGCGCCGAAUCGGUCAACUUUGCUACUGAACAGUGGCUGGACUAUGGCCGCAUUGCGAAAAAAUGUAACUGCGAGUCCGACAGUGUCUGGAUCGACAUUGGGGAUAUUGAGCGAAAGUUGCGAGGCGAGCCCACGCCUGAGUACUAUGAUGACGACGAGAUUGACAGUGAUUUGAGUGAUGAAGAUGGCGCUUCUGACCUGCUCACUCCUCCUCGUAGCGUGCCUGAAAAGUCAACUCGCGGUAGGAAGCGCAAGCUUGAAGGCGAUGAACCCCGCUCGAAGCGCGCUCGUAUGCAGAAUCAUACUAUUCGCAAGAUCCCUUGUGUUCUAUGUCCGAAUGACAUGGACUAUGAAGAUCUGUUACCAACGGAGGAUGGCAAGUCCCAUGCACACCGACGUUGUGCGACGUACAUUGAAGAAACAUCAAUCCUGCGCGAUGACUCUGGACGGGAAGUUGUCUGCGAUAUCGACAAGAUCCCCAAAGCGCGCAUGGGUCUUAAAUGUCUGUUCUGCCGCGAAGUGCGGGGAGCCUGCUUUCAGUGCAAUUUCGGGAAAUGUACGCGGGCGUACCACCCCACUUGCGCCCUUCUGGCUGGAGUUCAGGUCGAGUUUGGAUCGAUUCUGGUCAUCGCAGAUAGUGGCCAGCAGUACUAUGUACCUAGCGUUGACCUGAAAUGUAAAUACCACCGACAGAAGCGACUCGGCCCGUCGGAGACGCCUGAUGAAGACCGCAAGGUGCUCCAGGCUGCCAGUCGGCUGUCGAUGGGCGAUUUGCUGCAGUUCCAGGCCGACAAAGAAAUCAACGGAGCCGUUGUACUGGAAAACCGGCCCAUUGAGCGAAUGUUGAAGCUCAAGGUGCUGCCCCGCGGCGAUGUGAUCGAGUUGCCGUAUCGCUGGAUUCUGGUGGUCCGCAAGACCAAUUUCGCACCACUGCCACCAGGAACGCAGCCGUUGCCUGCUCAUCUGGUGCGAAAGGCUGAAACCCAUCGCGAUCUGUCCAACACGGUGCCUCAACCGGGGACACCUUUCUUCGAUGCCAACGCACCAUUCCAGUGGGCGGAAUUCGAAACGGCGUCGCUCCCAGCAGACGCAAUCCGCGUGCGAGUCGACAUUGCAGGCAACAAGCCCGAGCAGAUCUGGUAUUAUCUGGGAGAAACGUCGACGGAAUGUAGGGCACAAUUCACACACAACCCUAGUGUAACGGUCCACAACGCGCGGUCGAAUUUCUUGGAGAUGAUGAAGCCGUUGCCAGUUAGCGCGUUGUCCGCGGGCCGAUUUCGCCAGCCCCCUUCUUUGCCGCAGACUCCUCAGAGUGCAAGGUCAAACCCCCACCACCUCACUGCCCCUCCAAACACAACGCUUCCCAGUUCUUCUUCGUCAUUGCAGCGUCGCUCCCCAAACACUGCAAUGACUCCUGCCUACCGACACCUUCCACCCCAGCACCACCUCAACCUCUCUCAUUUUAAUCAUGCUGCUGCCAAUGUCACGUCCAUCUACGCUGCUGCCAAUGCUGCCGUCCGCCCCAAUCCCUACGCCGCCUUUCCGAAACCCCAGCCCGAUCCGCCAGCGAAUACUUUUGCCAAUGUGCGGGAGUUGAUUGCUCGUCGCCGCCUGGCGCAAAUGACCGACCAUGCAAAUGUCCUCGCCGGGUACAAAAUCGUCUCGUCGGAGCUGGUCGUUGAGACUCUUUUGGGCCCGAUGGGCUCUGUACCGCCCGAUAAUGGCAUGGAAAAAUUAGAAUUGGCCAUGGCGCAGCAACGUGUCCAGCCCCGAGCCUUGGAUGGCUCCUUGCUGCCCCUUCAACCACUCAACAUGCGAUCGGAAGAAGUCACCACUUUGCUUCGAAUGCUACGGUUUUCCGUCGUCACUUAUCGCGACCGGCUCGAUGUAAUUGUCAAAAAAGAGCCCGACUAUAUAAAACAAGAGCCGUUCGAUCGGCCCAACUACGGUCGGGUGGCUGGGAGGUUCGCGUACCUGGAACAACAAGCCGCCCAAACACCCGCUGUUUACAAAUCACCGUACGAGUCGCCGUUUGGAGUUGCUGAAUGGGCCAAGAAGGAAUACAAUCUUGUGGAGGAGGAACCCUUUUCGAAACCGUCGCUGGCCAACGAUUAUUUCGCGUCGCUGUCGCCUGCCGACCAGGAAAAGAUUGUCAAGGCUUGUGGCAGCUGGGUACAGGAACGGAUCGUGGAAAGGGCUCCAAGUCACAGUCGACAGAGUUCAACGUCGAAUUUUCGCUUGUCGGCGGCCCUCGCCCAACAGAAUCACAGCAAUAAUAACAACCCGACCAUCGACAUUACGGCAGUUGAUGAUCUUCCGAUGAAUGGGAUGGAUCGGAUGGAUCGAUUAGACCGGUUAGAUUUUCCAUUACAUGCAGACUCGCCGACGUCGAGUUUCAGUCGUCCUCAUCUGGUCGGGUUUCCAUCACCGCACGACUUUAACAGCCAUGGUGAUCAUGAGUCAUCUAUUGUCCCUCGACAUCUGUCUGACCAUCACGAUCUCUUUGGGGAUCAACAAGCCAAUACUCGAUUCUGGCAACAUGGACCUUGGGGUCCAGGCGGUGAUGGGACGACGCCGAUAGAAGAGAAUCGGCCAUUCUUUGGGCCUCACGAGCGACUAAAACAUGACUACGCCUCGUCUGAACUUUCUUUAGGUCGCGGGCCGAGUUCAUUGCAUUCAGUUGACAUGGCUGGAUUUGGGAUGGACACGACAGAGGAUCUCUGUGAAAUCCUGAGUCCUUGA